GCAGCGAUGGACAUCGCAUGGAAAACGACUACACUCCGAUCAUCCACAUCAGCUCUGCCGUGCUGCAGCUGACGCCAGAUGAGCAAACGCAUUUGCUGCUCCCCGGCAACGGCAACGCCAAUGGCCACAGUGGCUCAUCCCAUCCAGCCGGACCCAUUGCCAACUGGCCGCACAUCUACAGGCUGGAGGAUUUGCUGCCUGUGCGCACGCCUGCAGCUGCCGAGCCGCGACUCACAGUCAGCGACAAUCUGGACUUUCCACACUAUGUGCAGUCCCAUGGACGCUAAGGCGAUGCACCACGGAUCACAUGACAAACUUGGCUGAUUUAUUGCAACAAAAA